CUAGCCCGUCCUUGCGUUUGCGCAUGUGCAUGUGCGUCAUAUUUUAUUGCUGAAUGCACUUGAAAGGUUUUAAGGAAGAUUCGUCUUUGUGAGCCACCAUACGCCCCCUGGAGGAACAGCGAUAUUUGUCACCCAGUGUUGUGCAUUUCAAACAGCGCCUCUGUUGUGCUGGCGACGCAUUACAUCACACACUAACAAUAGCGCACUUUUAUUUAUAACUCAAGGAAUAGCGUAACUGUGUUACAUAAUGUUGUUCUGUUAGCAGUCAAAACCAUUUGUUGUACACUAAUAUGUAACUAGUAUUUUAAAUAUUCGCAUCUGUGCUUCAUCUGUAACAGAAAAAGACACAUGAAACUCAAUUUCCCAUGAUGCGUUUUAAUAGGACAAACAUAACAGUCCGAGCCUUGUGCCAGAGUGUGUAAUAAUUCAGACUCUGAGGUUUUGGCUUGUUUGUUAAAGCAGGUCUCAUUAGGUUGGAGCUGAGAGAUGCAGCGUGUGAAAGUGGUGGUGGUCGGAGCAGGUGUGGUGGGUUUAUCCACGGCAGUGUGUAUCGCUCAGGCGCUUCCAUAUUGUUCUGUAACUGUUAUUGCUGAGAAGUUCUCGCCUGACACCACCAGUGAUGGAGCUGCUGGAAUCCUCCUACCGACUGAGUUUCCUGACAUCCCUCUUGAACGGCAAAAGCGUUGGUUCAAGGAGUCAUUUGAUCAUCUUCUGGCCAUUGCAUAUUCCCCACAAGCCGCAGAUGCCGGCGUGUACUUGAGCUCCGGGUACCACAUUUUCAAGGAUGUACCCUGUGACAAAAAGCCCUUCUGGGCAGAUUUGGUGUUUGGAUUUAGAAACAUGUCGGAUCAAGAAGUGAAGCUUUUCCCUAAUCAUAAGUUUGGACAAGCGUUCACCACAUUAAAGUGUGAAUGUCUCAGCUACUUGCCAUGGUUAGAAAAAAGGUUUAGAGCAGUUGGAGGUCAGAUCCUUCAUGAAAAGGUGACUGAUCUUUAUAAACUGGCCCUGAAUUACGAUGCCAUCAUUAACUGCUCAGGCGUUGGUUCACGUUUUUUGGUGAAGGAUGAGGAGGUCUAUCCAGUUCGAGGGCAAAUGUUGACGGUUAGUGCUCCUUGGCUGAAGAACUUCAUACGAGAUGGAGAUGGCAAGACCUACAUCUACCCUGGCAUCAGGUACGUCACCAUUGGAGGCACACGGCAGGUGGGCGACUGGCGGAUGGAGGUGGAUAAAGAGGACAGCGAGGGGAUCCUGGAGCGCUGCAGCCGGCUGGAACCAUCCCUGCGAGUGGCUCAGGUGAUGGGCGAGUGGGUGGGACUGCGGCCAGGCAGGGCGAACCUACGGGUGGAGCGGGAAUAUUUGCAUGUACGAGGCCGCCAGGUGCCUCUGGUGCAUAACUACGGUCAUGGUGGCUGUGGCGUUACUCUGGCCUGGGGGACGGCACUGGACUCACUCGAUCUGCUGAGACAGAGUCUGUUUGAUAAACCGCCUCAAGCCAAACUGUGAAUCUGCUGUGUCUUACACUUAUCAACUUAUGAUACUGACAUCUUUGCAUUUGUGCAUGAGAAAUAGCACUUUAAUCUUGAUAGAUAAAUCUGAUAUAAUUUUGCAUCUAAUAAAAAAAAAAAAUUAUAUAUAUAUAUAUAUAUAUAUAUAUAUAUAUAUAUAUUAUAUAUAAUAAUUAUAUUAUAUGAAUAAUUUCUGUAUUACUCAUUUGUUAAUUUCUACUUUAUCAGUUUGUAGGCUGUUUUCAAUAUGGAGGUAAAAUGCAUUUAAUCUUGAAGAUAAAAUGUGGAAAUUGUUUGUUGAAAUAUUUUUAUAUACCAGUUUAAAUGCUGUAAGUCAGUGUUUGAAAAGGCUUUAUUUGUGUCAUUCAAACUUCACCUUUAUCAACUUUAAUGACCUUUAUCUAAAAUUUACUUAUAUAAUUGAUCUCAAAAUGUCAGUGACACUAAAUAUUUUUAUGAAGAA